AUGCCAUGGGGUUCCGGGAUGGAGCCAAUCGAGCCAGCGAUGAAAAUCGGCAGGCUAACCACAAAAAAGAAACAGUUCAGAUGCUGCAUGGGUGGCCCUUCACAGGGCUCCCUCCCUGCUCCGUUCCAGCCCAGAAAACCUUCGGCCAACCCUCUUUUCGAAAAGAACUCACACCGUCGAAGACCAGAAAAAGAAAGACUGCCUAAAGAGGUUCUCCUCGGCGGAUUUGCCGUCAAGGGUUCGGGAGCGCUCGCUGUUCCCUCAUCCAACGGCCGCUCUCCAAUUGGAAAUCGAAUCUGA